AAUGUCUGUCAGAAGUUUCCUCAGAAGAGACGGUGGAAAUCUGCAGGUGAAGCAUGUCCUGUUGCAGAUGAUCCAGUGUGGGGGGGUGGAGAAGAUGCGUUUAAUAUUUUAACAAUGACGAGGUUCCAGCGGGGGCGCAGUGGAACAUGGACUGAAUUCGUCUCCAGCAAUCCAGGGUUUGUGAGAGUGAUCACCAGCAGAGGCUGCUUCUCAGAGGAGAGAGGGGGCUGUUGCAAUGUCAUCUCGCACCACUGUUUUGGAGCUCUGUGGAAGGGAGAUGCUGGGAUGAAGUGGUUUGGCAGAAUGUCCCUCAGCAGCAAAAGGAGUAAGAGGAGGAGUAGAAAGAGCAGCAGCAGCUGGAGCAGUAGCAGUGGUGGUAACAGUGCGCUGCUGUCCUUGGCUCUCCUGGUGGUGGUGACCCUGAUUGUGGACCCCGUGGUGGCCCAAAAACAACGGACUGGUGGCGCCUCGGAUAAAGUGCCGGUCCUGAACAUUGCGGUGAUCCUGGGACGCACACGCUACAUCUCCGACAGGGACAUCCGGGCGCUGUGGAGCAAGGAGGACCCCAUUGACGUCAAUGUGGUCACACUGCUGGUCAACGAGACCGACCCGAAAAGCAUCAUCACUCACAUGUGCGACCUGAUGUCCGGGACAAAGAUCCACGGGGUGGUGUUUGGGGAUGGCACCGACCAGGAGGCCAUCGCCCAAAUUUUGGAUUUUAUUUCCUCGCAGACGCUUAUACCCAUCCUCGGCAUCCACGGAGGGUCGUCCAUGAUCAUGGCUGAUAAGAAACAGAGAGAGAGAGAGUGACUCUAAAAGCUGCAGCAGGGAGAAACUGGGAAUGAAAGCACAACCCAGGGUUGAAGAUGAGGAGAGAGAUGUCGUCCCUUCAUGAACAUCCUGCAUGGGACCUCUGUCUUUGAAUAAAUUCAUCUGUGCAGGCCUCGUGGUUUUGUUGAGGAGAAAAGACAAAGGGAAGGUUGAGAAGUUUAUCACCAGACCCCCUGCAGUCAUUUAGCCAUCACAAAAAUGUCAGAGGAACCCUGUGCUUUGUGUGUGUGUGUGUGCGUG